CAGAAUCGAUAUGGAAAAGCGAGUUUCAUGAUCGCGGAGCUAAUGUCUCGACACUUAAAUAUUCAGAACAGUACUACUUGUUCCGUUAUUGCUCAUAUCUAAAGAAAAAGAAAAUGUUUGAACUUGAUCUCGCAUAUUUUAUUAUACCUACUGGCGCAUUUUUUGGAUAUCGGAUUA